AUGUCUGAAAAUUCGUUCCGGAUUGGUGACACACCUGUGCCGCCUAAAAAACGUGCCCGACUGGAUGUAUCAACGGUUGACAUUGUUAACGGUUCGACGGAUGCUACCUCUUUUCGUCCUGAGAAUAUGCAUUUAAUAUCUGUUCUUCAAAACGAUCUUCGAAAUAAGUGUUUAGUGUUACAUACUCGUUUUGGCGAUGAUCCAAAGGAAGCUAUUGUUACACUUCAGAAAUCAUCAUUCCCAAAUGAUCCAAACACUUUAAAACGUUGUAAAGUAGUUAACAAGCUCAUUGGUCUCCAUAUUUCCGACGAUAUUGAUGACCAAUGCCAUGAAAAAGAUAAAACUGACGAGACUGAAAGUGAUACUUUUCCCCAAUGGCAAGCCAAGUCCAUUAUGAAGAACGAUAUUUAUCAUCGCUUCCUUAUAACAAAUGGUCUAGAGUCCAUUAAUGGUAUUGAAAUGACUGUGACGUAUCCUGCAGAAUCACAUCACUUUAGUAGAUAUGCCAACUCCCCUCGUCAUAUUAUUCAGGAGACUCCUGUGUUGUACAAGGAUGUCAUUCUCCCUUUUUUGUCCCAGAAACCCAAGGAUCUUACUUGGAUUGAUAAUGUAGUAGCAGGAAUCGCUGAACAAGAUCGUACUCUUCACAAUGAUGCUGAUGAAAUGUUUGGUUUUACUUUAGUAUUAGAUUACCGAUGGGAUGGGUUACGCAUCCAAGAACUUCAUUGUUUGGGUAUUGCUCACGACCAAAAGCUAACUUGUCUACGGGAUCUCCGUAGCUGCCAUGUUCCAAUGCUAAAAAGGAUUUUGCAGCUGGGUCGUGAUACACUCUUUCACAAAUAUUCUAAAUCAGAAACAUCCGAUAAUCAAAUGUCCGGUGAUAAUCCGAAAAUUAUUUUAUCAAAAGACCAGAUUCUUGCUUAUAUACAUUAUCCACCGACCUUUUAUAGAUUUCAUAUUCACUUUGUGCACAUAGAUUCUGGAGACAACUAUGGCACUAAUGCAUGUAGAGCACAUAUACUCGAAGAAGUUAUUCGAAAUCUCGAACAAGAUGAUCUGUACUAUGCAAAUCGUACAAUAACUAUGUUUCUGCAUGCUAAUAAUCCCAUGUUUGCAGCUAUUUGUCAGAACAGUUCCCAUAUAUCUAUUGUCGGUUCAGCUCCUGAUUAA